GAAAAGCUACUUUUACUUUUCCAAAAAACGAAAAAUGUCGGAUUCUUUGGGAAAAAGCCAUAAGUGUCAAUUUUUAAUCAUCAAAAUCAUCAAGGUUAUGUUCGAUCCAUUUCGAAAAAGAUUUAAUUAUUGAAAAAAAAGAGAGUUUCUAUACAGGAGUCACAACAUCCAAGAAGUACUUAAAACCUAAUGCUGUACCAACACUUAUGUUGGAGCUCGAAGCAGAAAAAUCAAGGCGUUCAGAAAAAAUUCGGAAAGCUCUUUUCGAAGAAGAUUCUAACAAUUCAUCAUCAUCAUUGCCUUUGUCGCUUUUAGAUGAUCCAAUAAAUAUCUCUGAAAAUAUUGCCAACAGUUUGAUUGAAUCACCGAUAAAGAAUUGUAUAUCAUCAGUACCAUCAUCAUCAAAUGAAAAUAAUGAAAUUACUGAGCUACAAAAAAAUAGAGCUUCGAAGUUCACCAAUAAAUAAAGAAACAUUGAUAGAUCAUCAAAUUGAAGAGCCAUUUGCAUCAACUAAUAUUCAAGAUUGCUCAACAAUCUCAAGCAUGUCAUACAUACCCACUGAUUACUAUAAUAUCGAUGUACAAAUGGAAGAAGAGGUCUAUUCAUUGCCAAUGUCAGAAAGUAAUAAUUCAGAUUACAUGGAAUCAAAUCAUGUGAAAUCGUUGGAAGUAAAAAAACAAAAAUCUGCCGUGAGAAAAAAAUGUUUUAGUUCAGUUGGUAUCCAAGUUGGCCGUGGACCUUUAUCUGUUCAAUCAAUUUCUCACCGAGAUGAUGUAAUACAUUACUAUACUGGAUUAGGAAAUUAUGCCAAAUUUCAAUUUGUGUAUGGUACAUUAAGUGAUUAUGUUGAUCGCAUUAAAUAUGUUAAAGGUCAAGUUAACUCUGUAGAACCUGAGGACAUGUUUUUGUUGAUACUUAUGAAGUUACGAAGAAAUAUUCCAGAUUUUGGAUUGAGUAUUUAUUUUGGAAUUAGUGAAGCUGUUGUCCGCAAUAUUUUUAAUACUUGGAUCCAUAUGAUUUACCAGCUUUGGUCAUUGAUAGAUACUUGGCCAUCCCGAGAAGUUGUCGACUUUUAUAUGCCAGAAGGAUUUAAAAAGUUAUAUCCAUCAACAAGAGUCAUUGUUGAUGCUACUGAAAUACCCAUUGAUAAGCCAUCAAAUCCAAUAGCUCAACAAGCUACAUUUAGCACAUAUAAGAACAAAAAUACUGUGAAAGUAUUAGUGGGAGGAUCGCCUGAUGGCAUUUUAUGCUAUCAUUCUGCAGCGUAUGGAGGUAGUACAAGUGAUAGACAAAUAGUAGAAAGAUCGGAUCUCGUUAAAAAUGUAAAAAGGGGGUUCCGUAAUGGCUGA